AUGCCCAAUCCAUAUUCUCUGAAAAAUAAUCUGCAGAGGCCAAUUACAGAAACAAAGGAAACUGCUGAGAUAUCUCAACGACUAAGGACAUUAAGAGAAAAGGAGUUGGCACCCCUAGAAGAGGUAAAUGAUUCUAUCAUUAACAAGAAAGCAAGUAACACAGUCAUUUAGGAACAAGGUCUCACCAUGGGCCUAUCACUUAUAGUAAAAUGAUUUGGUAAUGUGAAUGUUAAGAGUACAGUCACUGAGCUCUCUUUCAAACAUCAGUAUAUGUUUAUAAAAUGAUUAAUUUUUUAGUUGUUGUGUAUUGGAAAUAUAGCCCAUGCUCCCCCUUCCAUCAAGAUCACUCUGCUGAGGAAGUUGGACAACUCGGCCUAAUGAACAAUUCGGCCUAAUGAACAACUCGGCCUAAUGAACAACUCGGCCUAAUGAACAACUCGGCCUAAAGAACAACUCGGCCUAAUGAACAACUCGGCCGAAUGAACAACUCAGCCCAAUGAACAACUUGGCCCACUGAACAACUUGGCCCACUGAACAACUCAACCCAUACCUUCUUGGCACCAGGGGCGGCGCUAACCCUCUUCGAGUGGGAGGGGGGGGGUGAGUGAUCUUUUGCCGACUGUUGUUUGGUAAUUUUGCCGAGUCAUUAGCCUAUAGUGAGGGUCCUGAAGGGGGGGGGGGUCCCAACCCCAUUUUCCACCUGAAAUUUUGGCAAAAUCCCAGUCCCAGUUGGAUUUUUAUUAGAAAUCCCAGUCCGAGUUAUUGAAAUCCCAGUCAAUAAAAAACCCUUUAUUUAUCGGUAGAAUAAACAGUUUUAAGACCUUUUAAGCCACCGUGUGUGCAAGUGGCGGACAUUUUAUGAAAUAUUGGGGGGGGGGAGGCUCGUGCCGAAGGCACGGAAAAUUUUUAAAUUUGAAUCCCGGAAAUGGCAUUUGCAUCAUUCUGAGACACGCAUAAUCAGAAAACCCAAAAUUCCUGUCGGCAUCCAUUUUGCAGCCCUCGAAAAGUCAAAAUCUCGGCAUUUCUUAAAAUCUGUUCCACGUCUUGGAGCACUAUUAAUCACGCAUUUACGAAUCAUUGAAAUCGGAAUAUAACUGGAACGUUACCUCCAGCCGGAAAAUUCAAAAGUUGGAGCCAAAUUUUAACUCCAGACGCGCGAAAUUUGAUCUUCAAACAUCUAACGUAUAUACACAAUACACAAUACCCGUCAGUUUUUAAACCUUACACCGUAAAAAACUUGCAUUGCUGCAUGUGUGGUUUCUUUGAUGCAUGCUAUUCGUGAUAUUCGGUUUGAAUUCAAUUAUUCAGGAGGUCAAUUUUGGUUUCUUCAGUGGUUAUCUUUAGCCAAUCCAGUUUUGCCGACUGAGAUAACAAUUUGCCGAUUAGCUGACGAGUGGGGGGUGUUCCACCCCCCAACACCCCCCUGUAGCGCCGCCCCUGCUUGGCACAAUUGUUAACUACUGUUUGAUAUAUUAGGAAAGAUAAUAUUUUAUAAAAACUAGCACUAACCCAAUACAGCCAUUUGCAGUAAAUUAGGCAUACAGAUGAGUAAAGUUUGAGAACAUUCAGUUUCACUUAAUUUGAUUAAAAAAUCUAUCAAAGUUUCAAAUUCUCAAUCUGUCCGUUUUGAUACUAAAUUACUGAUCAAUCAAAUUUCUCUCAAAAUUUGCAGAUAGAACCCAGUCAUGGCUCAUCGUAGGUUGUUUAGUGGUUAGAUUAGUCAGUUUACAAGCAGGGAGAGUUGGUCCUUGAAGGUGGGCCAAGUUGACUGUAAAGCCUCUGCUGGCAUGCAUGACCAUACAAAACAAGCUUGCGAAUCAGCUAAUCUUUUCCUUUCAGAUUUAUACAGGACCAUAUCAACCGCCUGCUGUUCGUGACAUUCGACAUGAUGACAACUAUCUUGAAGCACUUUCCCCUGGAGUGUUUGUGGCAGUAUAUAUUAGCAAUUACAAGAAGAAACCAGUCACUGGAAAGGUAACUACAGCCUGGCAACCACUUAUGGUUAAGAGCAAAGAAGGACAAAUACCUUGGAAUGACACUCUCCCAAAACAGUCAGUGAUUGUAUGUUCAUUUGAACUUGAUGAGAAGAACUAUCUCUUUGAAAAUACCCGGAAGUUUAUAAAACGGUGGUAUCGUGAGGAAGCCAAAAGG